AUUCCGCCAUGACUGUUAUUGUCGAGAUGACCAUCUUACAGCUGGAGCUUGGGCCACCUGUGAUUCAAGUGGCGAGUUUCUUCGCAAAGAGUCGAUGAAAUAACGACUAUUGCCAAUGUACAGUUUGUGUCUGAAGCAAGAGGAUUUUUAAAAGGUCUUAAAACGCUCAGAAAACGAAGGUAUGUUUUUAAACCAAGUGCUGGUAACAUUAAAAUUGUAAAACGACUUUACAAUUUCGAAUUUUAGAUUCUCGCUAAAGAGACAAUGCUCCUCAACACUGAAUCACAUGUUUUGCAUUUUAUGGAUGGACGCGAAUGGUGUGUUACUUAAAUCAAUGAAGCAGAAUUUCUUGUACAGAAGAUGGAAAUGCUGACUGAUUUUUUCCGCCAAAACGAAAUCUACUCCAAUUCGGAUACUUGCACGCUUCAAAGAUCACGCGCUUGGGAGACAUGCCACGUCCUCCAUAUAAAAGAAAGUCAACUCGUUGUUGUAAAAAUCUAACUAGGGAGUACAAAAAGGAGUCCUUUAGUGGCCUCAUUCAAUUUGAUGUCCAUAGCUGCGAGAUUCCGCAGUUAAUACGAUACAAGGAUAAACGGGUGCAAUGAAAAUUAUACUAUUUCGGGUCUAGUACAGUUGAUUCCUUUUCAGAACAUCGCUUCGUCAUAGUUGGCAAGUUAGUCGGUCUAGAGCUAGAGAUCAGGCUUCUGUCUCACCCUCAAGAGGCGAUCUUCGCAGUAAAUGAGCCCACCAAUAUCAAAAUGAGCAAUUUAAUUCGAACAACAAAUGUAAAACAACAAAAGGUAUUACAUUUGUGACAGCAUUAAGUAUUUCUUGGAACUUGAAUACAUUUCCUUCGUUCCAUUUAGAUUUCACCCGAAGGUUACUUUGAUAUAAUUACUACUGUUAUUAAGGGAGUAAUCAACAAAACAUAAUCUCAAAAGGGCGACAUUUAACUGAAAUAUACGUUAUUCAGCAAGAAACUGAAAUCUUUCCGCAAAUUUUAAUAACAGCGCGAAAAUUGAAUUCUUAACAUGCACAAAUGCGGCUUUAUCAUCAAAUAAACAUUUUAGGACCUUAAGUUUUGUGGCUCAUAGAAAACAUAUCCUUUUAAAUGUUUUUCCUCAAUAAUGGUAUCAUAUAAAGUCGCAGUUUCCAUCCAACCUAGUCAUUUUUCCAACAUAGAACGCAAGUUAAUAUGAUUUAAUAAACAAAACCUCAGCAGCAAAGGGUGAUACCGAGGGUCUGAAGUGUCGCCUUGGUAACCUGAGUAUCAUAAAGAUAAUUAGAAAUUUGACUCCUGUUUGAUAGAAUCUUCAAGGAAACAAUUGAUAAUAAAAUGUAAAUUGCUUUUCUGGCUAUUUGAUUCGAAAAGCUUAAACAUCUUUUUUCUACCAUUGAAUCAACUAAUGUAAUAUUGAUAUUUAAAUAUCUUUUGAGAGUGUUAAUAGAGUUCAUAGACAAAACAGAGUCACGUGACCACGGCAAACGUUAGCUUAGUUCAGGCAAUAAUUCGUUAUUUCAACAUCUACAGGUGAGAAGUCAAACGUUAGACUCAAGGACGGACCAGUUAGACAGUCAUGCAGAAGAUAUAUCCUGAUCAGCCACGGACAGUGUCUGAAGCACAGUUUCCAAUGGGACAAGGCCAUAUCCCUGGACAACCUGUCCAUGUCCCCACUGAACACCCUGUCCAUGUUCUCACAGGACAACCUGUCCAUGACCCCACUAAACAACCUGUCCAAUCCGUUCCAGGCCCUGGUGUCCCUAUGCAGCCUCCAGUGAAUCAACCUAGGGAAGGGCGGCUCGACAGAACCUACAUGAAAACUUUGCUGAGCGCCUCGAGACUUGUUGAGUUUGUAAGCAGUUAAAGGAUAUGGAGGGGUUUUAACGAAUGAUAUCGGAUCAGCAGGGGUUUUUUCGAUUUAAAACUUUGCUCGAUCCAAGUAAUAUCAUAUUUGGAUUUCUAUGAGUAGAUGCUGUGCCUUCUUAGUAUUCUUAGCCAACAAAUUAUUCUUUUAUUUCCAAACUUUUAAAUUCAUCACUUCCUAACAUUUUUAGAAAUUAAAUGUUUCGAUAGUUUUUUCCUUAAUGAUGUAUGCAAUGAAAUGAAUUUGACCUACAAAUGUAAUGUUGAUGAGUAUCGCAUGGGUCUUUAUAGGUUCAUGUCGCGCAUCGGGAUACCCUCUUUCUAAGUUCGAAUUCAUUAGGAAGCCUCGUUGGAACACCACUUGUGAUGCUCUCUUGCCCUUCUCCAGCUUUGUACCAACAAUCAAAGAGUGAUGGUCAUAUUCAUUGAUCACAAGCUUACCUUGUCCCCUUACACAGAUCGCCUUGUUAAUCGCCUGGCCAUGUGGUGUUGUUUACUCAAACCGUACUUUCGGUGUGGAUGGUCGAGCAACGUUCUUCGCAGGAGUCUCCACAUUUUGUUGGGUAAUGGUGAUAGUCCUCCAAAUUGUGUUAAUGUUUGGCAUCCACAAAGACCGGCGAUACUUCAGGACACCAUCAAAUUCCACAUUGAUAGUGAGUAUUGCAACUAAUUCAUUCCGAAAAUUCAUGAAUGUAAUACGAAUACAAGGCCGUUUUCAAGAUGCCCAAAGACUCUCUGAAAUCGGGUCGGUGUUCGUGUGAGGCUUCUGAAAGGUGCUGGGACAAAAAGCAGCCUCAUUUUUGUGCUUCCGAUACAAAUCAUUUUCACAAGAAGGGUUUUGUACUCUUGACUUUUGGAACUCAGAGUGGUAUUUUAUAUCACUGAUCGGGUAAAGGGACAUUUAGCACCAUCUUUACUGGGAAAUGGCCAUCAAAGGGGGGGGGGGGACAAAAACAUAGCAGCUUAUAACUUUGAAGGAAUAUUUGGCCAACUAAGUUAUUACCUAAAAAGGCUCUCGUAUAUUUAACUACAGACUAUCAACACGAAUUAAAGAACUGUUUAAGGCUGAAUUCUUGACUAUCUCAGUUGCACAAAAUACCGCCAGAUAUAUUGCCUUGUACUCAAGAUGUCUGUCUCUUUCUCAGGCUUUUCCCUCUCAGGAACGAGGUUGUGAGGCUGUAAUUUUGACGUGUGGGCGACAGACGACAUGUUGUUGCUCUUCUAUUGUUGUUACUGGCAAUGGAAUGUUUAAAACUAAUCUUUUUCUGUUCUAACCAGUCAAAAACACCUGUUCUUUUCUUGCAGGUUAUAGCUGUACAUGUCCUUAUGACCAUACUUCUCAUCGCUAGUACUACAAGCCUGAUCAUGGUCGGUGUCGAAUUGUUUAAAGCUGACCAAGCUCACCGUGAUAAAUACGGUGAAGGCAAACCUUACGACGAAAACAAUGUAUUCCUUGGUUUCGCCUUGGUACGUUAUUUUACUUUUUCCCUAAAUUUGCUGUUCCUACCGCCUUGGUGAGCAGAAGAAACAAUCAGGCAUAGUGUCCUGUUUUCUGACGAAUGAAGGCACUAGUGAAUCCAAGGGGUGGGUCUCGGGAUCUGAACUACUCCCCUCGCCCCACCCAAUUCCCUAUUGAUUUUUUUAACUACCUUACAGACACUAGUAACAAUAGGAUGGUAAAAAAAUCACUAAAUAGGAAGCAUUGAAAAUUUCUGUGUUUAAUGAGUUUGGUACCCCUUGCCCCUCCUUCUCUGCCCCUUUCCUACCAAAAAUUCCUAGAUAUUCCCCCAGGGAUAGCCUAAUAAUCAGCGCUCCGGACACUGGAUCGCUAGAUCUCAGUUCGAUUUUGGUCAGUGCCAUCGUGUUGCCUACUUGGGCAAGACACUUGACUCUCACAGUUCCUCUCUCCAGGCAGGAGUGUGUUAAGCAUUAGAGACUGUUUGUUAUCUAUCGCCGGGAAAGGGGAGGGAGGGGCGAGGAUUUUGGUAGUGUCACAAUACCAUUUACCUUAUUCACCCCCUAAGGCUCAGUGGUGCUCCUACCCUCCUGCCAUCCUUUAUGCUCUCCUAGCGACGAAUGAUCCCUACCCAGCCCCCUCUUAAAACCACGUGAUCUUCUCCAAACUCUUCCGACCAUGCUAUGAAAACCGCAACAUAGAUUGGCCGAUAAUUUUGAAAGAUUAAAUAUACAAUAAACUUACAAACGUGUAGCAAGCGGUAAAAUCACAGCUAGCUUAACUAACAAAAAGGUAUCUUUCGUGAAGAUUUCUCUCUCCAUUUUGCAGUUGACUGGUGGGGCGACCUGUUUCAUGUUCUUGGAUGACAUCCCGCCACUGACAAGGAUGUACAGGUUGCAAAGAGCAAAGGAAAUUGCUGCGGCUGAUGAUUCCCAGUAGCCUCUUAACUGACCUUCAACCGCGGCAGCCUGGAUCAGCGACAACGCUACCAGUUUACUAAAUUUGUAGAAGACAGCUUUGUUUGAAAGUGCUUCCUUAGCUUUGAUUGAUUUUUGUUAGUUAGCUGCAUAAAAAACGUUAUAGAGAGCUGCUGUGUUGAAACUUAGUUAGUUUUGAACUGCCCUUUAAUUACAUUCCACAUUUAUCAUGGUUACUCUUUUUCCCUUACUGGUUUUUUAAACUUAAGUAUGACAAGCAUGUACUUCAGUCUUUUUGAGUAAACUGUGGCACCUAUCACCCUAAAGAAACGAUGAUCGUAAGAGACAUACGGUCGUACGUGGUGUCACAUAGAAUACUCUGUCUAUGUAUCGUUUGUUGAACUCUG